AUGUCAAGAAGGCGGGUGCACGUGAAAAGAAACGACGGCGACAAAAUUCGUGCGAUUUGUAAAGGGCAAGGAUGUGAUUGGUAUGUGUACUUGAGGAAGCACGAAAUACACAAUGAUCAUGAUUAUGUAGUGUUGAAUAUGCAACGCGAUCACGCGCAUACAUGCUCUCAAGUAUUGGAUUCGAAGUGGCUGACGGCCAAGUGGCUAGGGGAGCGUUAUAUGGAGAAGAUCAAAGCUAACCCUCAUAUUCCGCUUGCAGCUAUACGGCAAUGCGUCGAUGAAGAUUUUGGCCUGAAGAUAGGUAGGAUGAAGGCAUAUCGGGCCAGAGAGCACGCAGUGGACGGCAUUUUCGGCUCUGCGGCGUCCCAAUACAGACACUUGUUCUACUAUAAAGCCGAAUUGGAGCGGACGCACCCUGAAUCCAACAUUCAUAUACAUUAUGAGAAUAUGAGGGAAUCUGGUGCCGUUGGACCGAGAUUCAUGAGGUUUUACUGCUGUCUAGGGCCACUGAAAAAAAGAUGGAAGGAGUUAUGUCGUCCGAUUAUCUUCUUCGACGCUUGUUUCUUGCGAGGGAUGUACAAAGGCCAGCUAAUGACAGCAAUAGGGAUUGAUCCCAACAAUGGCUGGUGGCCGAUUGCUUGGGCGGUGACUGAGGCCGAGAGUUAUGUCCAGUGGAAGUGGUUCGUGGAGUACUUGGCCGAUGACCUAAACUUGCAUGCAAAUGGGCCACGUUAUGUGUUCAUGUCUGACCAACAAAAGGGCCUUGCAAAGUUGCUUGCUGAGGAAUUCCCACAAAGCGAGCAUCGCUUUUGUGUUCAGCACAUAUACAACAAUUUUAAAAAGAGAUUUGUUGGUGAAGAUUUCAAAGACCGGUUGUGA